AUUUCCAUGAUGCAAUGAAAAUUGUUAGCAUUUUAUUCAACUUAUCAUCUAAAUUUCUAUCAGAAAAUCAUUCAUAAGAUCUUCUAAAGCUACCUUCAUUAGUUUCCCAAUGUUUUCGUCCAGCGGAGUGUCUCCACAGGUUGGAGGGUUACUGUCCGGUGCAGCAUCAUUAUUAGGCAAUGCCAAACAUGCUGCCUCAGCAAGAUGUAUGACGUAUCUUCAAAAGAAAAGCUGGAAAUCUCUAUCUAAAGACUUAACAACAACAACUACGACAUCAACAACACAAAAACAAGAAACUCAGCCAGAAUCACCCAUUAUUGCUGAGUUAGAGAGGUCCUGUAAUAGAAUUCUUGAUGACUUGGGUCUUAGAGGUCUACCAAAGGACUGGCAAAAACAAAUAAUUACUCCCCUGUCAAUUCCAGCGCAAUCAGAUUGCCGACCAUGGCUUGUGUCUCAUGUCUCUGCAAACAGCUUUUUUGAAAACAAACAUGGUUUUUCUGAAGAUGGGACCAAACUGAUCAAGCCAAGAGAUACUCAUUAUAAUCCAUAUUUUACAUCAUUGUCCAGAUUACUUCAGCCAAAUAGAUCAAUAAAUGUGAAUCAGAAGAGAUUUGUACAACAUGGAAUGAGUAGUAGAAUUCAGAUACUUGAAGAAAGAGCAAAUUAUGAAGAGGAUAACCCAAAAGCACAAGCAGAUUAUUUGAGAGCCAUGGUAACAGAAGACCCUCAGUAUGUCAUCAGAAGAUAUGAAAGUGGACGUUACGCUAUUGACGAGUCUGUGAAGAGAGAAUACCUCAAGGCCUUGGUUCUUGCUGAAAAAAUUGACUCCGAUGACCUGGAGAAGGUUUCCAGGACAGGUCAUUAUGGUUAUCCGAAGGGGACGUCCUAUGCUGCAGAACCAACCAGAAAGGCCAAAGAUAGCAGAUAUGAUGGCUCUGAAGAUACUCCACUACAUGUUGUAGUACAGAGUCAGAAAGGUGCAUUCUUCAAGGAGCAGAUGUGGAAUACCAUUCGAUUCUUGAUUGCUUUAUUUUUGAUUCUCUCUGUCAUUGAAGCACAACUUCAGAUGAAAAUGACAACCAAUCAGAAGGAGAUAACUCCUGAUAAUGUGGAUAGGAAGUUCAGAUUUAAUGAUGUUCAAGGGGUUGAUGAAGCCAAAGAGGAACUCCAAGAAGUUGUGGAUUUUCUUCGCAAUCCUGAUAAGUUUAAGAGGCUUGGUGGCAAGCUGCCUACUGGUGUCUUACUGAUUGGCUCACCUGGUACAGGCAAGACUCUACUGGCCAAGGCAGUAGCUGGAGAAGCUGGUGUGCCUUUCUUCUUUUGUUCUGGAUCUGAGUUUGAUGAGAUGUUUGUUGGCGUUGGAGCAGCAAGAGUCAGAAACCUCUUUGCUGCCGCAAGGGAGCAUGCACCUUGCAUAGUGUUUGUAGAUGAGCUGGAUGCGAUUGGUGGAACUCGUAUUGUUAAUGAUCACCAGCCUUACUCAAGGAUGACACUUAACCAACUGCUGGUUGAGCUUGAUGGUUUUGACAAGUCUGAAGGAAUUGUUGUAAUAGGAGCAACAAACUUCCCAGAAAUCUUGGACAAGGCGCUAAUCAGACCUGGUCGGUUUGAUACCAAAAUCUCGGUACCAAUGCCAGACAUCAAGGCACGUUUCCAUAUACUGAAGGUUCACCUCAAGAAUGUCACUGUAGCUGAUGACGUUGAUAUAGAAGUGCUAGCCAGGGGUACAUCAGGUUUUUCAGGUGCUGAUCUUGCUAACCUAGUCAAUCAAGCAGCAGUCAAAGCAGCCACAAGUGGGGACCCUUAUGUAUCAACCAAACACCUGGAGUUUGCUAAAGAUAAGAUCAUCAUGGGUCCAGAACGCAAGAGUGCCGUAAUCAAUGCAGAAAACAAGAAAAUAGUGGCAUACCAUGAGGGGGGUCACGCUCUGGUUGCUUACUACACCCCUGGUUCUCUUCCUCUUCACAAAGCCACCAUCAUGCCUCGUGGACAGGCCUUGGGAAUGGUUGCACAGAUCCCAGAAACAGAUGACCUCCAAUGGACCAAGAAACAGCUGUUAGCCAAGCUGGAUGUGUGUAUGGCAGGGCGUGUGGCUGAAGAGAUUAUCUUUGGUAAAGAUCAUGUUACAACAGGAGCGUCGAGUGACUCACAGCAAGCCACAGCUAUAGCAAAAGCAAUGGUCACUAACUACUGUAUGAGUGAUAAGCUUGGAAUGUUUCAAAUCAAGGACACAGACCACUUAAGCCCAGAGACCCAAGCGAUAAUCGAAAAUGAAAUCAAGAGAUUAUUGUCGGAGGCAUAUGAACGAGCAAAAAAUAUUCUCGUAACAAAAUCAAAAGAACACAAACUUCUAGCAGAAGCCUUACUAAAGUAUGAAACCUUAGAUGCUACAGAAAUCAAGCUAGUCUUGCAAGGACAGCCACUCACAAGGCAGUUAUAAAGAUAUGGAUUACAACCUGUCUUCGAAAAAGUAUUGAUCAAUUAGAACAAUAAACAACUGUAUGAUGCCAGAAUCAAGUAAUACUUGUUGUAAACAUCCCAUACAAGUUAUAAGGUCUCUCCCCCUUAGUAGUAAUUAUGUACUAUGAUGUAAAAAUGUACACUGGAGAAACUAUAGAAUAAAACAAAAAACAAAAACAAAACAAAGCAAAACAAAACAAAAAAAGGAAAAAAGAAAGCAAGAAAAAGAGAGAAGGAAAGAAAGAACUGAAAAGAAAUGUUAUACGCCGCUAUGUUUUGUUCAUCAGAAAAUCCAAUUCUGACCUGGAUUUUAUGACGUAACAACUUAGGUGAAGUGAAUAUAUAAAGGUUCAAACGCUAGGACGAGGUUUUGUAUUAGAAUUCAAGACAGAGGGCCGCAGGCCCGAGGUCUUGAAUUCUAAUGCAAAACCGAGCCCGUGCGUUUGAACUGGUUUAAAAUAUCAACUAAGCCCUAAAUUCCAUUGUUUCGAUGCAAAACACGAAAUACUAAAUUGUAGUGAAUUCAGAGGUAGAUUACUGUUGCUUUGUUCUUUUGGAAAUAGAGUGCUUACGAUAUAUCCAUGUUAUUAAAAACCUAUCCCGGGUUUAUAAUUCAGCCCCGUUCUCCCCUGUUGAUAUCAAUUCCGCCGCCGGCUUUAAGAAUCUGGGUUUUUCGCCGAAUUUAAGAACCUACAUCAAACAAUGGAUUUAGGGUGUGGUUGAUUUUUAACGGUGAGUAUUUACCGAGAGGUGGGUCAAGUUACCAUUUUCACUUUGUCUUCUGAGAAUAAUUGUUUGAGCAUGAUUUAAGACUCGAAUAUCGGAGACAACACGAAAUUCAGGAAUAAUUAAAUACGUUUUUAAAUAUUA